AUGGCCGAAGCCUCAAAGGACAACCAAGACGAGCCCGUCGAAAAUAUCAUCGUCGCAGCCGAUAAUGGCCGACUUGACCUCGUCACGAAACUGCUCGAAGGCGGAGCAGAUCCGAAUACGGUAGACGAGAUUGGAAACUCGGCUCUGCAUAACGCAGCGAAAAAGGGGCAUUGGCAUAUCGCCCGUCUUCUGCUGGAGAAGAAUGCAUCGCCUAGGAUUCAGAAUGGUCAUGAUGCGAUUCCGCUCCACCUUGCUAUUAGGGGCGGACAUAAGCAGAUUGUCCGGUUACUGCUUGAAUGUGAUCCUUCGACGUGUAGGUUCAAGGAGAAUGGACGAUGGGAGCCUGUUGCUGUCGCCGCGAUCCUCGGUCAUGCGGAGAUUGCGCAGAAUCUUCUGGAUUGUGGUGCGACGACGUUUGGCGAGCCGGAUUUUGAUACGCCCCUGCAUUCAGCGGCUAGGAAAGGGUAUCAUGAUGUCUGCGAUGUCUUGCUGAAGCAUGAUAAGGGGUUGAAUCGGACGUUGUGGGAGAAAAUUACUGGUCCUAGUUUGCCGGUUGAUUCGAAGGAUUACGCGGGGGACACGCCGUUUGCAUUCGCCGUGGAAAAGGGUCAUGAACGGUGCGUCGAGGUGUUUCUGAGUCAUUAUCCGGAGUUGGUGAAGUCGAGGAAUGGUCAGAAGACGUUGCUUUUUCAUCGGGCUAUUGAGAUGAAGAAUAUCGAGAUGGUUCGGAUGUUCUUGAAUCAUGGUGUGGAUCUUGAGAUGAAGGGUAGUUAUGGGUAUAGGGCGCUUCAUAAGGCGGUUACUUCGAAGAAUAUGGAGUUGAUUCAGCUUAUUCUUGACCAUGGCGCUAUCAUUGAUGCGAAAGACUCGAAUGGGUAUCCUCCCGCGAGUGCGACGGGGGAUCCGAAGAUCAGAAUGCUAUUGCGGAAUCAUGCGAACGCGAAUACUAAGGGCCCGUCAUCGUCUGUGGCCCCGACUGCUUCAGCGCCGCCUCCUGAAUAUCAGGCGUGA